AUGAAAGGAAAAGAACUCGAAGACUUCCUAGCAAUCCAAGACCUGCAGCUAUUGAACGCACCAAAUGCGCCACCAUCCUACGAUAGUACCUACGGAAAGGGCUGGCCGGAUCUCACCAUAUCUACAAGCAGCAUAGCAUCCUUCAUCCAAAACUGGACCAUCUUAGACGAGGAAAGUGCUUCAGACCAUAAGUACAUCCAUUUUCAAGUAGACUGCGACACCUCCAUUACUAUCCUACGACGCUUUAAGUUACCAAGCAAUAAGAUUCGUCCCAUUACCCACACCUUCACUCGCUUACUCAGAGAAGAAGAAAAGUACAUUUACAACUUCAGCAGCCCGGACGGCAUGGAGCACUACACGAAUCAUCUGAUAGAAAGCUUACACGAAGCAUGCAAAAAUCACCUUCCUAUCCGUGUGGCCAAGAAAAUACAGGGUGUCAGCUGGUGGACCAAAGAGCUGAGGCAGCAGCAAAGGCAAAAAUGCAGAGCCCUUCGACGACGUCUCCGCGCCACUAUUAACGAAGAAGAAGAAAAGACACACCUACUCAUGACAUACCGUAAAGAGCGUGCAGCAUACAAAAGAAACAUCAUCACGGCUAAAGUCACCAGCUGGCGCACCUUCUGUACCAACAACAACAAUCCUUACGGGAUCCUACACAAAAUCUCGUCGAAUAAGAUUUUUAACCCGGCCCAGAUCCACGCACAACCCACCAUGGAUUCUACCACCAACAUCGUGCAGAGCACAGCUUCCACCAUUCUGGACACCGUCUUCUCAAACGACGACCCAGAAGAGGACACGAUAGAACAACGAAAGGUUCGCAAUAACACCACCAUUCCUGCGACACCUCCCGAUGUACCCUUUAGCGAUAAAGAAAUCAAACAGCUGUUCCGUCACCUUCCUCGGAAAAAAGCGCCAGGACCUGACGGCUUAGAUUAUUCAAUCAUCCAUACAGCUUAUAAAGCACGCCCCUCCUUCUUUAAGACCUACUUCAAUCAACUUCUUCACCAACAAAUCUUUCCAGCACAGCCUUCAAAAGAGGACAUGUCGUUCUCUUUCUUAAAAAGAAUAAGAACCCACAAGACCCAAGUUCUUACCGGCCCAUCUGCCUCCUCUCUGCUUUAG